CCCGCACCCCGGGCCUCACGCUUCCCGACCCGGGAGCUGCUCCCGCUGGGGCGGCCUCAGGGAGAGGAGGCAUCCCGCCCCCGACUCCCGAUGCCGGGAGCUCAGGAACUCUUCCCCUCGACCCCCGCCUUCCCCGCCUCAGCCCGGCCCCGCCUCCCCACGGGGAAACAGCCCAAAAAAGGGCAGAAAAGAAAUUUUGGCGUAAAGUUGGCCAGCAAGAGACAAGAGAGUCGGCAAGGAGAAGGAAGGGAGGCAGAGCGCGCAGGGCAGCUGCGGCUAUUGGAAAGCCCGCAGGGGGAGGGGGAGGAGACAGGAGGGCCGCGUCCCUGGGGGUGGGGGCGGGGAGCGCGCCUGGUCGGGCCCGGCGGGAGCCACGCGGAAAAUAUGCGGGGCACGUGGGGGGCAGGGCGGGCGGGGCGCGGAGCUGGGUACCUAGCCGCCCCGCCACCGUAGGAGGGGCGCUGCCUCAGGGGCAGGGGCUGGAAGGGGAAGCGAGGGGAAGAGAGGUCAGGCCCGCCCUCGGGGGCAGCAGGCCCGGCCUCGUUCCUCACUGGCUCGGGACCCUGGGCUCCCUUCCUGCCUCAGUUUCCCCAAGUCCCUGGUGAGACUCACCGCUGUCACUACCACGUCGGUAACGCUGACCCAGAGUCUGGGACUCGGGGUAAAUUGAGGUACUCGAACCACGGAGGAGCCCCGCCUCCCAAGAGACAUUUAAUCCAGGGGGAUUUACAGGAAACUUCUAAAUUAAGGGCAGCGACCGCUGCAGCUGAGGGGGGCACGCGGGUCCCUGCGCCCGCGCAGCUGCCGUGAGCUCACGCCCCGAAAUAGCCCCAGGGGCCCCAACCGCAGCUGUUACUGGGCCCGGCUGUCACUCAGAGGAACUUUAGAGCCCCCAGCCCGAGGGUCCCCUCCCCUCCGCAAGGCCAGAGUUUUUCCAGCAGACUGUACUAGCUACUUUACCUUCCGACGGCUGGGGGAUGGGGGAGGGGAGGAGCCUCAAGGGGGGCGGUCUCGAGGGGGUGGGCGCAGGGGGCGGCCGCGUUCCCCCACCAGGCUGAGCUUCUGCCCCUACAAGGUUUGGGCCGCGGUGGGGGAGGGUCCCGGCCCCCGGCUCCGCCCGGCCCCUCCCAGCCUUUUAGGCGCCCGCGCUGCUGGGACAUCCCAGUCCCGCUUGGUCCUCCUCGCCCUCCACCCGUGCGCCCAGUCCGCGCAGCCAGCCCAGUUCGUCCAGUCCACACUGCCCGCCGGCCGGCCCGCCCCCCCACCGCAGCCAUGGACGCGAUCAAGAAGAAGAUGCAGAUGCUAAAGCUGGACAAGGAGAAUGCCAUCGACCGUGCCGAGCAGGCCGAGGCCGACAAGAAGCAGGCUGAGGACCGCUGCAAGCAGCUGGAGGAGGAGCAGCAGGCCCUCCAGAAGAAGCUGAAGGGGACAGAGGAUGAGGUGGAAAAGUAUUCUGAGUCAGUGAAGGAUGCCCAGGAGAAACUGGAACAGGCUGAGAAGAAGGCUACCGAUGCCGAGGCAGAUGUGGCCUCCCUGAACCGCCGCAUUCAGCUGGUAGAGGAGGAGCUGGACCGGGCACAGGAGCGCCUGGCCACAGCCCUGCAGAAGCUGGAGGAGGCUGAGAAGGCAGCUGAUGAGAGCGAGAGAGGAAUGAAGGUCAUCGAAAACCGAGCCAUGAAGGAUGAGGAGAAGAUGGAGCUGCAGGAGAUGCAGCUGAAGGAGGCUAAGCACAUCGCUGAGGAUUCCGACCGCAAAUAUGAGGAGGUGGCCAGGAAGCUGGUGAUCCUGGAAGGAGAGCUGGAGCGCUCAGAAGAGAGAGCAGAGGUGGCUGAGAGCCGCGCCAGGCAGCUGGAGGAGGAACUCCGAACCAUGGACCAGGCCCUCAAGUCCCUGAUGGCCUCAGAAGAGGAGUAUUCCACCAAAGAAGAUAAAUAUGAAGAGGAAAUCAAACUGCUGGAGGAGAAGCUAAAAGAGGCUGAGACCCGAGCAGAGUUUGCCGAGAGGUCUGUGGCAAAAUUGGAGAAGACCAUCGAUGACCUGGAAGACGAAGUCUAUGCACAGAAGAUGAAGUACAAGGCCAUCAGCGAGGAACUGGACAACGCACUCAACGACAUCACCUCCCUCUGAGCCCCACGCCAGUGUGGCUCCCUCAGUCCCUUCUCUCUCCUCUUUCCGUUCUCAGUGGGGAGGGGGCAGGCAGGAGGAGCAAAAUGGUCAGCAUCACACAGCCAGGCUGGGCGCCGCCUCAAAGAGCCCCCACCACACCUGCCGCCCACCUUGGCACUUGCUUCGUCCUUCUAUCCACCCACUCCACCCUCCAGCCUCUACCUCUCUCUGCUGCUUAAUAAACUCAACUUGGUCUCCAUGCUGUUUUCCUGCCCUCCAGAGAUCACUUCCUCACCCCCUCAGAGACCCCGGCUUUUAUAGACACCCCCAAUCUUGCGAGCCCCACCCCCACACUGAGCUCACCCACAGAACACUGUGGCCCACACAGAACCCCCUUCACAUGGCACUCUCACUCUGUCACUGUCUCACUGCUGCACGUUGGCACAAAUCACGUCAGUCGCUGUGAGCCCUCUGCUGCUUCUGAGAGACACGCUCUUAUGCUGACCUAGCCCUGUCACUGACCUCAGAGCACACCACUGCGGUUCCAGGAUGAAGGAAGGACUGGAGAGGAGAUGGGUGGGGAGGUGCCAAGGAAGGGCCAGAAGGUGGUGAAGGUCUGGGGUGACGUUUGGGAAAACCCUGCAUCCCAACAUGGGGCUUUCACUGCAGGUCUGGUUUCUGCCUCAAGCCUGUCUGUCUGGCCUUCCCCUUUCUGGCUCAGUCUUUGUCUUCCCUUCUGAUUCCAACUCUCGUAAACCCUCUAGAGAAGGAGGUAAAGUAGUUUAUGACUCAGGCCUCCCCAUCCCACCCCCACGACCCCGAAGCCUUGAGUGAGGCAUCUGUCUCUCUCUUGGUCAAUCCGUCUAUUUGCCCCUGGCACAGGAUCUUAAGAGUCCUUCGUGCUUAUGUCUUCCUGUGCCUUCAUCCCAUUUCAAAUCUGCCUCAUCCCCCAUCUCCCCUCAUGUCUCCCUGCCCCUCCUCACAUGCUGCUUC